GUUUUUGCUUCAGGUUUAUGAACAAUUUCCUUCUGAAACAAGACCCUCCCUCACAGACGGAAACGCGACAGUUUUUUUUUUGAAUUUGUGUACUUAUCUAUCGUACUCCUCCGCACCUUGAAUCAAUCCCCACACGACCAGCACGAUACGCAAAGCACGGACGUCGAAGUGAAAAAAAACCAAAACAACUAUGGAUCUCCUUUUCGAUUUCGCAGUCUUUGUCUUCCUGGUCGUGGUGUUUGUCACACUCUGGCGCCACCCGAAGUACAAUCCGGCCAAGCUGAUCUUGGACCGCUUCACCCUCGGCACACUGGAGGAGGAGCUCGCCCGGCGGGACCGGCGGCGGCAACAGAGGAGGGCGGCGAACGCGCCGCCGGUGAACCUCACCGGGGACGACGCCCUGGUUGGCCGGGAAAUGGUGUCCGUGCAACCCGACUCGCCCACAAAUUCCAGCACGACCAUAUUGCAAUGAAAAAUGCCCCCACCUCACACUUGGCAGCAUUUGUAUUGCAAACCUUUCCAAUAGAUGAAACAUUUGCCGUCUUGCAUAUCUCAGCAUCACAAAUUUUCCAUGCUGAAUAGCUCGAAUUUGUGUUGCGAAGGGGCCCAACAGCAGCCGGAUCUGUUAUGCACAAGGCACCUUGCGCACCUAGAUUGUACAUCAGAAAGGCUCGCAAUCCUUUCAUGCAAGACAAAAAGCUUUCAUUUGGAAACAUUGCAUGACAAACUUUUGCAAGAAAGUCGGGGGUGGGGGCAUUUUUCAUUGUAAUAGACCAGCUCGCGGGGCAGCAGAUCCGGGCUGAUCAAGAAGAAACUGGAUCGGCAAGGGAAGAAUGGUAGCAAUGUGCGUGUAAACUGACAUCACAUUGAUAAGUAAUCAUGACCACAAAGAAAAAAUGGAACCAGGCUCCUACAGUAGUGCAAGAGGUAGAUGAAAGUGAUCUGGUAGUCGUGAUCAACACCAGGGACGAAGGCGAUCCGCUCCAAGAUUGUCGUUUGUGCGGUGGUGUAUGCGUUUUCUUUCCUUGCUAAAAACAGAACAGGACACCAUCGGUUGUUUGCAAGCGCGCCGCAGGCGAAGCGAGAUUUUUUUUUACGUGUGCCUUCAUCUUCCGUAAGAUCUAGAUCUACAUCGACCUCAGGGUUGCAACUCCAAAG